CGCACAUUCCUCCUACUAUCUCAAUACCCGUAAGGCCUCAUCCCCACGGAUUCUCGAUGUUCCAGACGGACACAGCGACGAGCCAGCAACACGCACAAGCUGACAAGACAAUACCGAGUGCUCGAAGAAACCCCAAUUGCACACGUCACACCUUCGCGCCCGUACCAUGGGAUGGGUUGCUACCUACCACCCGCCUCUCAUUGGCUGCCUGUGCUCCUUGGUGCUCUUUAGGCUGAUCCGUUCUCUUCAUAUUCAAGGGGCAGGGGGCGUCCCGCAAAAGAUGGACAAGCAGGCAUCUCGGGUCUCUGGGGCGCGAUCCCCAGGACUAUCUCGUCUUGGCCGUUUCAGUAAACCCGCAUUCGCGUGUCGAAUCAACGCUGCACGACCCAUCCCAUGCAGGUCCGGCCCUACCCAGCCCUUGCUCGCUUGUUCAUAAGCACAACCAUGGCCACUUCGCGAUGGAUGGUAGGAUGGCCUUUCGGUGACUAACUCCCACCGUAUGCUGCCGCUCGCUCUUGUAGCUGGUACACGAAUAAUCCGUCGCGCGAUAUAUGAACAAUGCGGUCUCGAGAUGUGACGCUGCUGCUGACCCUGGUGGCUCGCGCCGUAGCUGACCAGAGCUGUCCCGGCUAUUCGUCCCACUCCCAGAGGCGGAACCCGCCCCUCUCGACCGGUGCCUACAAGCUUGCCUACCAACGGCCCUCUCCAGAAUGCCGCACAUUCAAGUCGAGUCCGGUCGAGGAUGCCAUAACGCGGGUGAAGGAAACCAUCAGCGACCCUGACCUAUCCCGCCUCUUCGAGAACACGUUCCCCAACACCCUCGACACGGCUAUCAAAUGGCGUGGCGUCUCCGAAAACGACCCCGAGGAGGAGCUUGCUUUUGUCAUAACGGGCGAUAUCAAUGCCAUGUGGAUUCGCGACUCGUCGAACCAGAUAGCGCCCUACAAGACGGUGCUGAAAGACAAGGCCGACGACAUAGCCUCGGUGUUCCGUGGUGUCAUCAACCUCCAGGCUCGAUACCUCAUCAUCUCUCCCUACUGCAAUGCCUUUCAUCCGCCGCCCGAAUCCGGCAUGAAACCGGACAUCAACGGGGCCUUGUACGAUGUCACGCCGCCGUAUGACCGCAAUCUGGUCUUCACCUGCAACUUCGAGCUCGACGACUUCGGAGGGUUCCUGCAGCUCUCCCACGAUUACUACAACGCGACUGGCGACCUAGACUUCUUCGGGAAAUUCCAGUGGAUAGCAGCGGUUCAGUCUAUCCUCUCCGCCUCGGAGGCGAUGAGGAAACCUACAUAUGAUGCCGACGGGAAAUGGCUGCGUCCCGCAUACACUUUCCAAUCGCAGACAAUGUCCGCAUCCGGCACUCUGGGGAACAACGGCAUGGGUAGCCCGGUCAACGACACCGGCAUGGUACGAUCCCCGUUCCGCCCUAGCGACGACUCCGCCCUGUUCGACUUUCAAAUCCCUGCGAACAUGAUGCUGUCGAGAUACCUGGAAUCCACCUCCGGCAUCAUGGAAAGGCUCCCCAAUGCGCCGAAAGGCCUAUCUCGGAGGAUGAAGAGGAUGGCAGCCGAAAUCAGGGAAGCCAUCAGCCAAUGGGGCAUCGUCAAGGCUCCGAACGGCCAGCAAAUAUUUGCCUACGAAGUCGACGGUUUUGGAGGUCAGAAUCUGAUGGAUGAUGCCAACGUCCCGUCCCUUCUCUCGGCGCCUUUUCUCGGAUACCUGGACAAGGACGACCCGAUCUAUCAGAACACGCGGGCCUUUGUUCUCAGCAGAAGCAACCCUUGGUGGUGCUCUGGGCCCGUCAUCAAUGCUGUCGGUAGCCCACAUAUCCGGCCCGGUGCGGCUUGGCCCAUGGCUGCCAUUAUUCGUGCCAUGACCUCGGAUGAUGACGCGGAGAUCACAACUGCAGUUAAGGAGGUGCUGAGCAGCACCGACGGAUUUGGGCUCAUCCACGAAAGCGUGGAUAGCUUCGAUGCUAGCCGGUGGACCCGGCAGUGGUUUACUUGGGCGAACGGUCUUUUCGGCCAGCUCAUAAUGGAUCUAGCGGACCGAAAACCUCAUCUAUUGAAAGAGAAUUAUCAGCCUCCCGCAAGACGAGACCAGGCUGACGUAUUCGAUUAGGCCUCGCAUACGCAUGAUGCCCUAUUACAUAAAUCCUGUUGGCUUCCACGUAUACCGGAUUAUGCAUUGCUAGAAGUCCCGUUCUGUUCGUGAUGGGUUUCAUCCCUUGCUAUACGGGAGGAGCGUCCAGUGGGCAUACUAUCAAUUCCCCUACACUCCUGGGAACCGAGCUACUAGCUCGGCCGCGUAUUCGUCGCCUCGCUAGACGCGCAUCACUGUAAUGCCGCUGCCCUUCCACAUGUCUCCCUUCGGCGAAGUCUUGGGGUUGAGUGGAGAAGAGGAGGGUUAUGGCCUCUGAGUCCAUAGUCAACGCAGCGGUAUACCCUUGUAUAUAUAUCCCACCGUACAUUUUAGCCCAGAGAAGGAAGCAUUCUCGCGGUUACAUAAUACUAAUACAUAUAAAAUCAACCGAC